AUGUGUGACAUUGGGGGUGGCGAUGCUCACACUAGGAUCUGUAGUCUUGAGUGCACACUGAGCAACUGGGACUGGAGCUCACCGAUGAAAAAUAUCAAGGCUAAUCUACCUGCCACCAAGACUAGCGCCUUGCUGCUGGGAAUCGGUCUUCCGACGGUUACUGCGGCUCUUUACUCCGGAACACGUGCUAGAGGAGCUGACUCCAUACGCGACGCCGCUGAGAAUGCAAAGUCCUGUGCUGUAUCGUCUGUAUCGAGACCGUGGGCCCUGUCAGAUCAUACCAUGGGCCUUUCAAACACUUUGAGGUGA